AUGCUUCCCGUCAAGUACCUGGUCGCGCUGAUCGCUGUGUGCGCCUCCCACGCCUGUGUGGUGAGCGCUGGCGGGUACCCUCCCCCGGACUUCACUCAGACGGACACUGUCACCCCUGAGACGUACGCGCCAACGCCGUGCCCGGAGACACCCGUUCCUGAGACGGAGGCACCGACAACGUCGCCGCCCAUCGAGGAGGAGCAGUAUGUGACUGAGGCGCCCACGGAAACGCCCUGCCCUGAUACCCCAGUGCCGGUGACGGAAGCUCCGACACCGGCACCGACACCCUCGGAAGAGACCGUCGAGUACACCCCCACGCCGACGGCCACGGAAACUCCUUGCCCGGAGCUGCCAACCCCUCCGCCCGAGGAGGAGACCGAAGCUCCGACGCCUGUGGUGGUAACUGAGGCACCCACGACGGCGCCUCCUGUGCAAGAAACGGAAGAAUACUACCCGCCAGAGCAAACCGAGACUGAGACUGUUGCCCCAACGCCGGCGCCGACUGACACUCCUUGCCCGACGUUCACGCUUGUGCCGGACACACCUAUUCCUGAGACGUACACUCCAGAGACGCCGGCUCCAGAGGCGACGCAGACCGCAGUGGAUGUACCAGUGUAUGUCGACACGCCGGCUCCGGCACAAACGACCCCGUGCCCUGUAUUCACUCUUGUGCCUGACACCCCUGCUCCUGAGAGCCAAACCCAGGAGGAGUCCUAUCCGUCGUACCCCGAAGAGCAGACUGCUGUGGAUGUCCCAGUUUACGUCGACACGCCGGCUCCAACGACCCCUUGCCCAGUGUUCACUCUCGUGCCGGACACGCCAGCUCCUGAGAGCCAAACGCAGGAGUCCUAUCCGUUCACCGAUGAACAGACUACGACAGUUGAUGUUCCAGUCUACGUCGACACACCGGCCCCGGUCCAAACAACUCCGUGCCCAGUGCUCACCCUUGUGCCGGACACGCCUGCUCCAGAGUCCCAAGAGUACAUUCCGUACAUGCCUGAGGCGACACAGACUGCCGUUGAUAUCCCGCUGAGCUUCACGCCGGAGACGCCUGCGCGCGCAGCAGAAACGCCUUGCCCCGAGACGCCCGCCCCGACUGUGACCGAGGACACUGAGUACACUCAGACCGAAGAAUCGGAGCCCGUGCCUGUCACGGACGUCCCGCUGCCUCUGCCCACAAUUGCUCCUCCGACUGAGACCCCCUGCCCGACGGAUGUCCCCACACAAACGGAGGAGGCUGUUACAGCCGAGACGCCUUGCCCGGACACUUCCGCCCCGGAGUCCGAG